AUGGCAUGGGGAUAUUUUUCAUACUUUGGUUUAGGAAAGGUUGUUUUUAUUGAAGGUAAAAUGAAUGCUGAAUUAUAUGUGAACAUUUUAUUUAAUAAUUUACCUGAUUUGGCUAGAUUAAUGGGUCAGCAAAAUUACAUUUUUCAACAAGACAAUAAUCCAUAG